AGAAGAAAUGGCCCUUUUAGAUGAAACCGAUAAGGCCGCCUUCCCUUCCGACCCGCGUACCAGUCUCUCUCUAAACCCUCCAUCCACUCUCCCGGCUUCUUGGUUUGCAGCCCUCAAGCUCCCAGGAGUAUCUGAUAGAGAGGUCCUUCUUUCCUAUCGUUCUCUUCCUCAAUGGCGUCGCAAAUGAUUCGUGAGUGGGCGGGUAUUAACCAAUUCCCAACUGCGACUCAGGACAAAUUGCUUGGAUUGUUGGGAAGAUUGAAGCAGGAGAAUGUGAGUACAAUGACCAUUCUUGUGAUGGGAAAGGGUGGUGUGGGUAAAUCUUCUACCGUCAAUUCUAUAUUGGGCGAGCGAGUUGCUGCAGUCAGUGCUUUUCAGACGGAAGCAUUGCGGCCGAUGAUGUGCUCGCGCACAAGGGCGGGAUUCACAUUGAAUAUUAUUGACACUCCCGGGCUCAUAGAAGGGGGAUAUGUUAAUGAACAUGCUUUGGAGAUCAUAAAACGGUUUCUUUUGAACAAGACUAUUGAUGUUCUACUUUAUGUAGACCGGUUGGAUAGCUACAGGGUGGAUAACCUGGACAGGCAGGUUGUGAAAGCUAUCACAGAGGCCUUUGGGAUUGACUUGUGGCGGAGAGGGUUAGUUGUUCUGACGCAUGCACAGCUCUCACCACCAGAUGGAUUAAGUUAUGAUGAGUUUCUCUCUAGAAGGUCAGAGGCAGUUCUAAGAAUUGUCAGGUUGGGAGCUCGAAUAAGAAAACAGGAUUUUCAGAAUCACCCGAUCCCAGUUGUUUUGGUUGAGAACAGCGGGAGAUGUGAUACAAAUGAACUUGGUGAAAAGGUUCUUCCCAAUGGUGCAGUGUGGCUUCCAAACUUGGUUGAAAAGAUUACUGAUGUCAUCUCGAAUGGAACUAAACCCAUUCUAGUUGACAAAAAACUGAUUGAAGGUCCCAAUCCAAAUGAGAGAGGAAAGAUCUGGAUACCUAUCAUUUUAGCACUUCAGUACUUCUUUGUUAUCAGACCGAUUCGGCAAGGUAUCAGCGAUGAUAUCAAUCAGGAGACUCGGCCUCUCUGGGAGCUUCGAGAUAUGGGAUUGGCCGAUCGACGCUAUUGAUGCUUCACGAUUUAGAUCUAAUUUUUUGUGGAAGACAUCUCAUACAUCUCCCUUAAGCUUAGUCUUCUCAGUCUGGCAUUGUUCUUUCAUCAAAUUGUGCUUGUAGGGUAGUUCGAUAGUUUGUGAGGGCAUUUUUGAAUUUUGACAGUUAGUUGAUUAUCUUUAAGUUAAUUCAGAGGUACUGGAACUUUGAAAAUGAAGAAGUUUGUUGUGAGCCGUUGAAGGGGAAAAAUUCCAAGUUUCAUCCACUAUGUUCUAAGCUCUUAGUUGAAGUCAGGGAAAACUAUUGUGCUCUAGAUUGGUUUAUCCUUUUAUGACCAUGUGUACAGAGGAAAAGCCGUUCCAGAAUAUUUAGCAAUGAGUGAUGUUUUUCCAGGUA